AUGGGGGGGGCAGUGAAACGGCUCCUGGCUCCUCCCGCGGCGUCCUUCCGGGGACCGCGCGCCUCCCCCAAACGCGCCGCUUCUAUCCUCGGCGCGGCACCGCCCGGGCCGGGCCGGGCCGCCGCCACCUCCUGGGCUCGGGUCCUCGCACCCUCCCGUGCCUGCACCCAGGGCGCCACCCCUGCCCACCUGCCUUCGUCCGCACUCCGCCACCCGCCUGCUCUGGGUCCUGGUCUCCCUGCUCCAACCUGCUCGGCGGCGGACACCCCUCCUCUCCCGGCUCCUCAUCCGGGCCCAGCACCCCUCCCCUCUCCCAGCGAGCUCCCCCUGGAAUGA